GUCGGGGCAGAGCAGGCCAAGCAAGCAUGGAGCGAUAGCAAGCAACUGUUACAGUAUUUCUCUCACGGCGUACCGGCGCCUCGACGUCGCCCACCCACACAACAGCAUGGAGAACAACUGGGACACACUGCCGUGGCACCGCCGCCCGGGCGUCGCCUGGAUGUACCCCUUUGUGAUCAUCCUGGCGCUCAACAUCCUCAUGCCAUCCGGCCCGGCAGCAGAAGAGCUGGUGCGGCUCGCCUGUGUCGUCGUGGAGGCCGGCUCUCCGGGGGCCAACGCUUCAAUUCCGAUGCCUACCCCGCUGCCUCCGCCCACGCCGCUGCCACCGCUCGCAUGGGUCUCGACUUCCGCCGCACUGUGGAGCAACACGACCAUUGCCAUCCCCGAGGUCGACCUCGAGGAAUGCAAGCACAACAUCAAAGUCCAGAAGCUGCUGUCCCACAUCAACAUGAUGACCGAGACCAUCAACGGGUUCCUCGCGGCGCUCACGACUGCCGGCUGGGCGAGCAUGUCUGAUCGCGUUGGCCGGCAAAAGCUCAUUGCCCUGGCCAUGCUGGGCAUCUUCUUCAAGGACGCGCUCUUCAUCUUCGUCCUCAAGUUUCCCCAGGCCAUGGUCGCGACGGGCGGUUCAGUACUCUACCUCGGAGCGGCGAUAGUCGGGCUCAGCGGCGGCGGCCCAAUGGCCAACGCGGUCAUGAUGGCGUAUGUGUCGGACGUGACGACGCUCGACACGAUGGCCGUGAGCACGGUUGGUGUCGAGACUGCCAUCACCCUCGUGAGCAUGGUCGCGCCGCUGCUUGGCCCCUUGCUCGUCAAGGUGAGCGGCAACAGGCUCAUGCCGUUCGAAGUGACAAUGGUGACUUGGCCCCUGCUGCUCGUGUUCCUUCUGUUCAUCGUCCCCGAGUCGCUGUCGGCCGAGAAGCGCGCGCAUCUCGCCAAGGCUGCCGCGACGGAACGUGCAGCCGCGAGCCAGGCCGAGGCGGCCUUUGACGAGGAAGAGGACAGGAUGUACGCCGACGCCAGGGCGAGGCUGCACGACGCCGCCGACUCGACGCAUGCCAUCCUGUACGCAUACCAGCGGGCGAUCCACUCUCACGCGCUGCGCCGGGUGGUACGCUGGACGCGUAAGCUCACCGCGCGCUUCCUGGCGCCGCUGGAGUCCCUCACCAUCUUCCUACCUCGCCUGCGUGACCCCCUCAACCGCCACAAAGGGCGCGACUGGAACCUGUUCCACCUCGGCGUCGUCAUGUUCUGCGUCGCCCUCGCGCGCUCAGAGUCGCCAGAGGUCCAGUACGUCAUCUACGUGUUUGGCUGGGGCCAGAACCAGCUCGCGACCCGCAAGUCGCUCAUUGGUAUCUGGGCCACUGUGCUCAUGGCCAGCAUCAUCCCGUGCUACACGUAUGGCAUCAAGCCAUACGUCCUCGACAGGGUCAAGGCUGGCGAGUCGGUCGACGAGGAGCUGGAGCCGACCGAGCGCACGCCGCUGUUACCCCCGCCGCCGUAUACAGUCUCUGUCAACAACACUGCCGAGGCCGAUGCCGACACCGACGUCAACACAGAUUCCGAGCCAGACGGCCCCGGCGACUCAUCCAUCUCGACCCUCUCGACUGUCGACGCCGCACCCAGCAUGCGCGUCGACUGGGGCUUCAUCACCGCGUGUCUCUUGUUCGAGUUUAUCGGCUACGCUGCCAAGGGUGCCAACACUGGCGCGAGCACGUACGUAUACAUUGCUGGGCACGCCGUCGCCAUGCUCGGGCAGUGCGCGGGAUCCGUCAUCCUGCCGCUCGCGCUCAGGCUCGGGCCGCAGGAGCGCACCGCAGGGAGGAUGUUCGGCGCGUCGAGCGUGCUGUCGGCGUUCGCGAGCCCCUUCCUCUCGUCCAUCCUCUUCAACACGGUCUUCAGGCUCACAAUCGCCUGGUACCCGCCCGCCAUUUUCGUUGUCUGCGCCAGCGUGUAUGCCAUUGCGCUGCUCGCCAUGUCGCUCAUGCGCAUGCCCCGCCGCCAUGCGCCCACAGCGGGGCCAUAGACCUAACCCUCGGCUCAGCAGGGGCCUCCCUUGUUGUAUACUAGACGCGACUGCUCUUCACAUGUACCACUAGAUCUUACGGCCAGGAUGCUUACAACUGGUGAAUUUAUAGUAGUUGAGGUCGAUGC